AUGGAUUCCAGCAGAGGAGGCAGCAGCAAAUGGAGAAAGAGGCCCACAUUUCUUCAAUAUUACAGAACGCCCAUCCUUCUCGCCGCCGUGCUAAUCUUCGCCGCCCUCUUCAUCUCCUCCCGAACCCUCGUCGCCCCUUCUCAUCGCUUUUCCUUUUCCCCAUAUUCCCGGCAGCCCAACCCAUCGCCGUGCUCCAAAACACUCGGGGACAGGUUCCUCUGGUACGCCCCCCACAGCGGGUUCAGCAACCAGCUCGCCGAGCUCAAGAACGCUGUUCUAAUGGCCGCCAUCCUAAAUCGGACGCUGGUCGUGCCUCCUGUUCUCGAUCACCACGCCGUUGCCCUUGGCAGUUGCCCCAAAUUUCGGGUCUUGGAUCCGAAUGAUUUGAGAUUUAGGGUUUGGAAUCACAGCAUUCAGCUCAUCCGCGACCGCAGAUACGUAUCCAUGGCUGAUAUAAUCGAUCUUUCAUCUCUAGUGUCCGGUUCAGGUGUCAAAUUUAUAGACUUCAGGGCUUUUGUGUCUAUUUGGUGUGGUGUAAAUGUAAACUCGGCAUGCAAUGCAGACUCAAGUUCAAGUAUGCAAUUUUAUUUGCUUGAGAAUCUGAAACAAUGCGGAUCAUUACUAUCUGGCUAUGAUGGCAAUGUAGCCACUUGUUUAUUUGCUUCACAAGAAGAUUGCAGAACAACAGUAUGGACAUACCAAAAAGAAGAUGGAAUUCUAGAUUCUUUUCAGGCUGAUGAUGAGCUCAGGAAGAAAAGGAAAAUCUCAUACUUGAGAAAAAAGAAAGAUGUUUAUAAAGCUCUCGGUCCAGGCACUGCUGCUGGAUCAGCCACUGUUUUAGCACUCGGUAGCCUUUUCACCGCACCAUAUAAGGGCUCUCAAUCGCACAUCGAUUUUCAAGAAGCUCCAAGCGAUCAAAGGAUACAAUCUUUGAUUCAAAAGAUCGAAUUUCUUCCAUUUGUAUCUGAAAUCUUGAAUGCUGGGAAGAGAUUUGCUGUCCAAACAAUUAAGGCUCCGUUUGUUUGUGCACAGCUGAGAUUAUUAGACGGUCAGUUUAAGAACCACUGGAAAAGCACGUUCAUAGGAAUGAAGCAGAAAUUGGACUCGUUAAGAAAAGAGGGUCCUCUCCCAGUUCACGUAUUCGUAAUGACUGAUCUUCCUAGGGUUAAUUGGACAGGAAGCUAUUUGGGGGAUCUGGCGAAAGAUCGCAAUUUUUUCAAGGUGUUUGUUCUGAGAGAGGAAGAUGAGUUAGUAGUUCAGACUGCUAAAAAGCUUUUAAAUUCUGGUAGUUAUGACGGGGGAGAAAGACAAUGCAAUGCUUUCUCAUUACCCGAUAUGCUUUUGUAUCUGGAAGAAAUUAUAUGUAGCUGUGCUUCUCUAGGUUUCGUUGGGACUUCUGGGUCAACAAUUGCCGAAAGUAUAGAGAUCAUGAGGAAAAAUAGCAUAUGUUCGUGA